UGAGUUUAAAACGCGUUUUGGCGAGUAGCAGUAAAAUUGUUAACCACUGCGUUUAGCUAAACGAGCAACAAGUACAAGUUUAAAGCAAAACUAACGACAUGUAUAAUGCUGGCUACCAAGUGGAGGUCAUAGAUCCUUACUAUCCGCCACCAGUUGAAGUCAUUGAGGUGGUGCAACAGCCUGCCUAUGUGCAACCAGCUGCUGUUGUGAUGCAGCCGCAGUCCCAAACCAUCUACGUGGAGGAGACGCCGGCGGGACCAACGCAGGAGCAAAUGCAGUGCUGUCUGCUGCUGGGCGCCUGCUGUGUAAUGGAGGAGUGCGGCCUGUGUGUUAUUUCAUAGAAAUUUGUGUGUGUCUAAAUUCUAAAAACUAAUCAGCAAAUUUUGCUGUGAGUCAGCAAAUCAGUUAAACAUUUAAAAAUAAGAUAAGCAAACAACAAGCAAGCUGACAAGCUAAAGUAUUGAUAAAACUAUA